AAACUUGCGUUCUUAUUUUUAGUAGGUGUUGCAUAAAGUAGGUGAAGGAAUCAUGGGUCGUCGCAAAAUUGAGAUUGAGAUUGUGAAAGACCCCAACACGAGGCAAGUUACAUUUUCAAAGCGCCGAACGGGCUUAUUCAAAAAAGCAAAUGAAUUGUCCAUUUUGUGUGGAGCAGAAGUCGCUAUUGUUGUGUUCUCUCCCGGUGAUAGACCUUACUCUUUUGGCCACCCAGGUGUUGACGUUGUUGCAGCCAAGUAUCUCCAACAAGAGGCUGAUGCAAGCGAUUCCCAAGGAAACCCAUCUUCUAAUGCUCCCAAGAUGGAAAAAUUAAAUCUAAAACUUGCUGAAAUACUGACACAAAUUCGAGAAGGUGAAAGGCAGGCCGAGAAUCAUGAUGAGAUUCUGAAGGAAAAUGAUGUGACAAAACUCUCUGAGCUUAAAGAAUUGAGAGAUUCAUACAAAGAGCUUCAAGAUUGGGUCAAAUUACGUCUUAGUGAUAUUGAAAUAUCAGAAUAUAUGAUGCUUCUUGCUCAGGAACCCGUGGUGGGAAUAAAAGCGAAAUCUGCAAAAAGGAAAAGAAGAAGAAAUUGAUGCGCUUAAUACCAGGAAAGUUAAUUUUAAUUUAUUUUAUUUAGGUUCUGCUUUUUUUGAAUAGUUUAUGUUCUCAUGUCUCUCUAAGCCUUGUUGUUCACAUCCAACACCGUUUAAGAGAGACAUGGAAGAAAAUAGUAUGAAUGGUGAAUAAAGUGUUUGCUUUUGUCAUUUUUUUUUAUUAGUAGAAAUGAACUCGGUACCUGAGAAUGUUAGAAAUAUUUUUAUUUGU